UGGAAAGGAAAAGAAGGAAGGAAAUGGGUAUCGUCCAAGGAGCUGACUCAGCCUUAGGAGGACUGUUGAGCAACAUGAUCACUCAACUAAAAGAGUUGAAGGACAAGGUGGAGUCGGGAAAGGACCAUCCCAAGGGCAAGGAGCAAGUGGGGGGAUGCCACAACAGGUUCUACCGCCACAAGGUAACCAAGGACAAUUUCAGGGAUAGGGGCACGGUCAAGGACAUGGUAAGGGGAGAAAUGGAGGAAGAGGAAAUGACAAUGGAGGAAGAGGAUUUGGAGAAAGAGGAACUUGUGGACAAGGAGAAAGAGGAUCCUUUUGUUAGGGUGGAAGAAGUUGAUGAGCUAAGUGACCAAUUAAAGAUAGGAGUGAAGAUUAGUGAGGAAGGAGAGAAUAUGCCACUAGUUGAAAUUGAGCCAGAAGAAGAUAAUGAAGUCAGAGAAUCGGCAAGGGAAACCCUGGGAAGAAUGGAAGACAUGAUAGAUAAGAUGGGCAGAUUAAAUAUAAAGAUGUCUGAUAUCUGCGAGGAGGUGAGGAACCUAAAAAUGAAAAUGCCACAUGUAUUCACGAUGAGUCAGGGGAAAGAGGAUGAUGGACCAAGGGAUCAUAACCCCAUAGCUUUGAGAGCCACUCUGGCUGCUGGGUCAGAAGCCGCUUAUCAGGCGCUGAUGAACUUUGUUCCUCAUACUCCACGGAGACCUAAAGGAGGAAAUGCGCCCAAGGAAACUACACAAGCUCCUGUACCACCUCAAGGGGGAGCCUCUAUCGAGAUAGAGGAAGAGGAAGAAGAGGAACAAGAUGAGUUACCUAAGGAGGAAGAAGAGAGAUAAGCUGAGCUGAAGACUAAAAAGCGGAAGAUUGAUGCUAAGGGAGGAAAGGAAAAAGCUGGGGAGAAGUCAAGGAAGAAAUGGAAGUACCAGACAUCGAUUGAAGAGGGGGUUGAUCUGGAGAAUUUGGUAAAUAAGCGUCUUGGGGGGCAUAAUAAAUUGCUAAACCUAAA